AUGGCCGGACCUAUCUCUUCCUUUUUGCUCGCUCUCUUAGCCCUGGCAGCUACUCCCUUCACUCUCCUUCGCAUCCUUCUCUUCUCUCGCACAUCUUCCCAUCUUAAAUCUUCCAAAUGCGCCCUCGUCACUGGCGGUCGAUCUCAAAAAGCGCUCUACAUCACCCGUGCUCUUGCCAGAUCUGGCUACAGCGUCAUCCUUGCUGAAGAGACCGGAUGGUCAACUUUCUGUGCAGCACGCUUCUCUAAUUCGAUUCAUAAAAUUUACUCUCUUCCUCUUGGCGGUGGUCAAGCCUACAUUGACGCUCUCCUCCAAAUAGCUAAAUCAAAUCGUAUCACUCUUUUCCUCCCUUGCAGCGGAGUAGCAACAGCCAUCGAAGAAGCAGCCGCAGCAAGACUGAUGAAGAAGCAAAUCCCAUCACUGGUAGCUAUCAUACAAGAUGCCGACCUCCUUGAAACUCUACACGAAAAAGAUCGCUUCAUUGAUCUGGUCCACUCACUCGGAAUGGAUGCCCCUGCCGGACAUCUUAUCAAAUCGCCGCAAGAAGGACUCCAGCUUCUCAGACGAACAGGGAACACUCGCUUCCUGUUUAAAGCAGCUACUGUUCCCGACGAUGUUGGUCGGUCUGAUAUGACCACGUACCCAUUCCUGCACGCGGAUGCAUCUGUGGAUUGGCGUGGAACCGAGAAACGUUUAGAGACUGGGAUGAAUAUACCUAUCUGCAAACAGACGCCAUACCUUGCGCAAGAAUUUAUUGGUGGGAUGGGAGCAACUGAGUGGUGCACGCAUGCUACGGUCAUUGAUGGCCGGAUAACAGCUUUUGUGUGCUGUCCAAGCAAUGAUAUGUUGAUGACCUACUACAAUGCCACGCAUACUGCUAUGGGUCAGCGAACCCGGAAAUGGUCUGAAGAAUUCCUUGACAGGCUUGCUGAACAUCCAAGAUGGAGCAAAUCUGAUCUCACCGGACACUUUUCCUUUGAUUUCAUACAUCAACCGGAAAGUGAUCGAUUAGUGGUGAUUGAAUGCAAUCCGCGUGUACACACUGCAAUUUGUUUAUUACGAAAAGACAAAAAGCUUGGGCAAGCAAUGGAUGGCACAUACACUCAAUCCAGCCCAAUUACACCUAGCUUGAAUGUGGAACCGGUCAGCUGGCUUGGGCAUGACCUUAUUGCUCGAAGAUGGCCAUUGCAUCACGCCACCGACAUUUUGUCUAAAGCCGGUGUCGAAGAUGGUGCAUGGGAAGAGACAGAUGCUUGGUCAUAUUUCGGUUUCUACCAUGUACAAUGGGUCGGACUUUUACUCGUCGAAGCCAUCAAUCUUAGACGGUGGAGUCGGAUCAAUAUCAGCACAGCAAGAGUAUUCUUAGCAAAAUAAGAUCUGCACACAUUGCACAAUACGAUUGCAUCUUCACUCUUUUCACAAAUUAAUAUUAUGGCUCUUCAUUAUCUUAUCGCGGAUCAAGCUUCAUACCCAUAUGCCAAUGAUUACCUAGACGUUUGCAAGAACGAUAUACGGAAAGAAAAAGGAAAAAAUUCUUGUAUUAGUAGAUUCUCAUAUAAAAACAUGAUGGUUAGUUACAAUUUUG